CGUCGGACGCGAAAGUCGGCAGAAAAACCGGAGGAAAAUCAGAAAAAGAGAUUUUCGAACAGAGGAGAAAAACUGUCUUCGACGGAGGGCUAAAGAAUAUUUUCAUUGUGCGGCAAGGAACUGAUAGCGAAAGUGAGAGCAAGGGAGUGAAAAAAGGAGACCAAACAAGUGCCGGAACGUGCUCGAGUGUCUCCAUCCUUGCGGUUUUUGGUUUUUGUGUCUCGAACCGCUCCUCUCCCCAGUAUUUUCAUACUUAUAUAUAUAUCGGAUACGCCGUGUUGACACGUCGGCGGUCGCCAGUUUUCGGUUUUUAUUUAUACCCUCUGUUUGUACUUUUUUCCCGUGGUUAGCCCGGCCAAAAACUUUUCGCCUUUCCGCCUUUGUCUCCGGGCCCAACGCCCAACAAUAAUAUUUAACGGCCAGUGUGAGAGUUCAAGUUUAACUGACUGCAAACCAACUUGAAAUUAAAUCAAUUUGCCCAAGCAUCUGGCGGUGGGAGUACGAACUCAACGGCUCGGUCAAUUAGCGAUGAGCGGAAUAUUAUUGCCCCAGGCUUUCUGAGCGGCCAAGAGGUUUUUGGCCUGGCUUGGCCAGCAGCGAGUAAGGAGCUCAAUUCCGGCGGCGACGGAAAUGGCUGCUUAAGUGGUGCGCAUCCGAACCGGAACCACCGGCAGCAAGUCGAGCACACAACCACUCAGCACUCAACUCAUUAGUGAAAGAUGGCCAACUUGAGCUGGCUGAGCACCACGACCCAGUUGCCGCUGGUCACCACCUCGAACUGGAGCCUCACUUCGCCGGUGACCACGAGCUUCGUCCUGGCGGAUGUGGCUGCCUCGAAGGACGACGAUGGGAUCAUCGCCAAUCAGUUCGUGCAGAUCUUCUUCUACGUCCUCUACGCCACGGUCUUUGUCCUGGGAGUGUUUGGCAAUGUCCUGGUCUGCUACGUGGUCCUGCGGAAUCGAGCCAUGCAGACGGUGACGAAUAUAUUCAUCACGAAUCUGGCUCUGUCGGACAUCCUGCUCUGCGUCCUGGCGGUGCCCUUCACCCCGCUCUACACGUUCAUGGGUCGCUGGGCUUUCGGAAGGAGUCUGUGUCAUCUAGUGUCCUUUGCCCAGGGCUGCAGCAUCUACAUAUCCACGCUGACGCUCACCUCGAUUGCCAUCGAUCGGUACUUCGUGAUCAUCUAUCCGUUCCAUCCGCGUAUGAAGCUCUCCACCUGCAUCGGGAUCAUCGUGAGCAUCUGGGUGAUAGCCCUGCUGGCCACCGUUCCCUACGGCAUGUACAUGAAGAUGACCAACGAGGUGGUCAAUGGCACGCAGUUGGGGGGCAAUGAGACCCUGGUGGAGGCCACUCUGAUGCUGAAUGGCAGCUAUGUGGCCCAGGGAGCGGGAUUGAUAGAGCCGCCGGACGCCACCUCGGCGGCCCAGGCCUAUAUGCAGGUGAUGCAGGCGGGAUCGGCGGAGCUGCCGUAUGUGCGUGUCUACUGCGAGGAGAACUGGCCAUCGGAGCAGUAUAGGAAGGUCUUCGGAGCCAUCACCACCACGCUGCAGUUCGUGCUGCCCUUCUUCAUCAUCUCCAUCUGCUAUGUGUGGAUCUCGGUGAAGCUGAACCAGCGGGCCAGGGCCAAGCCGGGAUCGAAGUCUUCGCGGCGGGAGGAGGCGGAUCGGGAUCGCAAGAAGCGCACCAAUCGCAUGCUCAUCGCCAUGGUGGCCGUCUUCGGUUUGAGCUGGCUGCCCAUCAAUGUGGUCAACAUAUUCGAUGAUUUCGACGACAAGUCCAACGAGUGGCGCUUCUACUUCCUGUUCUUCUUCGUGGCCCACUCGAUUGCCAUGAGCUCCACCUGCUACAAUCCCUUCCUCUACGCCUGGCUCAAUGAGAACUUCCGCAAGGAGUUCAAGCACGUCCUGCCCUGCUUUAAUCCCUCGAACAACAAUAUCAUCAAUAUAACCAGGGGUUAUAACAGGAGUGAUCGGAAUACCUGUGGCCCGAGGUUGCAUCACGGCAAGGGAGGCGGGGAGGGGGAUGCCGACGACCAGGACGAGAACGGCAUCACCCAGGAGACGUGUCUGCCCAAGGAGAAGCUGCUGAUUAUCCCGAGGGAGCCGACCUACGGCAAUGGCACUGGUGCCGUGUCCCCGAUCCUCAGUGGACGGGGCAUCAACGCCGCCUUGGUCCAUGGCGGAGACCAUCAGAUGCACCAGCUGCAGCCGUCGCUUCAGCAGCAGGUGGAGCUCACGCGGAGGAUCCGCCGGCGGACGGACGAGACGGACGGGGAUUACCUGGACUCGGGGGACGAGCAGACCGUGGAGGUGCGCUUCAGCGAGACGCCGUUCGUGAGCACGGAUAACACGACCGGGAUCAGCAUCCUGGAGACGAGCACGAGUCACUGCCAGGACUCGGAUGUGAUGGUCGAGCUGGGCGAGGGAAUCGGAGGAGGAGUAGGAGUAGGAGUAGGACCAGGAGGCGGAGGAGAGCUCGGGAGACGAUUCAACUGAGAUAGGAUAUUCGAGACGCAUUUCUAAGCAUCUUCGUGGACGGACUUUUAUUGAAUUGUGCCAGUAAUUCAAGCCAAAAUAAUGCAGGGAAAUGUCAGCUGGAUAUCGGAAGUCCUUUUGUAGACCACAAACUCAACGUGGAUGGGUGGAAAAAUGCUGAUAAAUGGCAAAUCAAGUGACAACGAUGUGGAAAGUGAUGGAGAGGCGCGGUUGUCUAGCAAUUGGCUGAAACAGCUACACAAGUCAUUGAUAUCAGAUGUAUAUAUAUAUUUAUGUAUUUUACGGGUGUGAUUGGAGUGUGUGUGUGGGGCCUGAGGGCAGAACUGCCUCUUUAUACUGCUAUUUUUUGCCGAAUUUUCCGUUUUUCCCGUUGCCAUUCAACUCGCGACAAUUGCCGGGCCAUUUCGCAUAUUUACAAUGCCUCGAAGGGUGAUUCCAGCCGCUCUCCGAAGAACAGUUUGCCUUUGUCGCUUUCAAUUUGUACCUAACAACUGUCAGACAUUUGUCGUUUUGGUUUGGAUUGCGCCAGUCACACGGAAUUAAAUUUCGAGCGCCGGUUUUUCGGCCCAAUUGUGUGGAAAUAUGUCAACGCAAGG